AACGUAGCUCUUUAAAACAUGCCGGACACUUCCGGAGUUCAAUCCUGGUCACCUGACUGAACAAGCGUCAGAAGUUUGACCAGCACUCAAAUCAGAUCGGCUCGAGUUUCUCUGUUCCUUUCUCAAGAACAUUAAUAAUGCGUGGAUUGAUUUGUGGGCCUAAAUGUGCCGCGUGUGGGAUUGUAUUGAGCGCGUGGGGGGUUAUAAUGCUGGCCAUGCUGGGGAUUUUCUUCACCACACAUUCAGCUGUGCUGAUUCAUGAUGUGCCUGUGGAAGAUGAGGACAUUCACCAAGAUACAAACCCCCCUCACAGGAUCUAUGACCUGUUCGGCAAGGUGGGCUAUAACUGCUUCAUAGCAGCUGCCAUCUAUGCUGUGGUAGGAGCCUUCUCCUGCUGCCAGAUGAGACUCAACAAGCAGAAGGAGUACUUGGUACAUUAGUGCCACAUGUUGGACUGACAAGUUCCUGGUAGCACUAUGACAGCAGGAGGAUGUAUUGGGAUGGUCACCUGUUCUCUGAUUGCUGCCUUUUGUCUCAGGGUUUAAAAGUCCUAAUCAGAGGAUCAGUGAUCAAGAUCAGUGAAGAUGAGAUCAAUUCUACCUCUGAUUACAAGUGUGAUUGUGGAAAAACAAACUACCCACUGGAUUUCAACUGUUCUCUAUUUUGCCUUGACUUGCUCUUUCAUACCUGUUUCAUACCCAUUUCAGAUAAUUGACAACUGUGUUUCAUAUAUCAGUCUUUAGAAUGAGGUUAUAAAUGUCUUUAUUUCUCAGAAUGUCCACUGAACGCAGCACAGCUGUUGAAGCUUAUUAGUUAUUCUGUCCAAUGUGUCAGCCCAUCAGAGUCAUGGACAGAGCAUCUUACACAGCUCAGAUGCUGCACUUUUGCUCCCAUAUCUUAAACAGAAAACAUCAUUAGCACAUGAUAACAUCACAGUAACAAUGAUCUACCUGGUAUUCUUAUUUUUCACUCAAGUCACAUUCUCUAGUUUUGUAUCAGUGGGAUCUGGUACAGAACUAGAAAAUACAAAUAAAGGUACACUCACUAGCUCUUUUCAUAGUCAUUCAGAUGUAAAUAUCCUCCUUGAUGAGGGUCUUCAUUGGCAGAUGGAGUUGCUCAGUUGGCAGUCUGGUCAAUAAUAACUGACAAUCACAAAUGGUCUAGUUGAUUUUCAUUUUUUAAAAUAAUAUUUUACAACAUUGAAUUACAAUGAAUGUAAUACCAUUUUAAAAAAACAAAACAAAAAACAAUGAUCUAUAGAAAAAAUGAUUUAAUCUCAAAAUAAAAACAGAUCCUGCGUGGA